AUGAGCUACAGCAUGCCGUAUGAUGCUGCUUAUAAGGACGAGAAAAAGAGACAGUUCGAUUAUAGGCGGCGAUCGCCGGUGGACCGUGUAGGAGCGGCAAUCGCGCGGAACAAAAAAACAGUUCUUUUGGUGUUUUGCACGCUGUUUAUGGUGUUCUGGUUCGGUUCUUCAAGACUUACAUUGUUCUCGAGAGCCCCCAAGAUCGUGCUUAUAUUGGCAGUGAAUGACGGCGGUGGUGUUCACAAAUGGAAGGGUGAACAGGAAUGGGCGAUCGAGCGGAUCUCGAUCCAAAACAAGCGUGCUUACGCGAAAAAACACGGCUAUGGGCUGACAAUCAAAGAUAUGCGGACUGCGAAGCGCUACUCACACGAGUAUCGUGAGGGGUGGCAGAAAAUCGAGGUGCUGCGCCAGACCAUGCGCGAAUUCCCAGAUGCAGAGUGGUUCUGGUGGUUGGACCCAGAAACACUGAUCAUGGAGCCCCAGUUGUCGCUGGAAAAACACCUUUUCAAACGCAUGGACACGCUAUCGUACCGGGUCUUGGAGGAUUUCAAUCCAUUGCAGCUGCCGCCGGACAUCCCGUACGUGGACUACUCAAAUGAGCCCGAGCUUUACAUCACGCAGGACUGCGGUGGCUUCAAUCUGGGCUCAUUUUUGAUCAAAAACUCGGAAUGGAGCAAACUGCUGUUGGACGUGUGGUGGGAUCCCGUGUGCUACGAACAGAAACACAUGAUGUGGGAGCACCGCGAACAAGACGCGCUGGAGGCCCUGUACGCACGGGAACCCUGGAUCCGCGAAAAAACGGCGUUUUUGCCCCUGCGUAGCAUCAACGCUUUCCCUCCCGGUGCAUGCUCGGAGUUUUCCGACGAUGCCCGCUACUUCUACAGCGAGGACGAGCGCGAUUUUGUCGUGAACAUGGCGGGCUGCAGCUUUGGUCGUGACUGCUGGGCCGAAAUGCAGCGGUACGGGAGUCUCAUAGAGGAGCACAACCACAAGUGGUGGCGUAGGCUCCAUUAG